UCUGAGAACGUUCCCGGCCAAGCCAUAAUCCCAUUUGCUUCCAAAACCUUCAAAGUCUAAUUAUUUCUCCGGAAGUAUAUGUAUGGUUCUUGAAGCUUUGUGACGGUCGUUUAUGGCUUCCGAGAUUCCUGUACCGUCAACCGUGGCUUGGAGUUGGGUUAUUGAAGCGCUAUCCAGAUCCAAGCAAGCAGAUACGUCCCUUUUAAUAGAUAUAAUUAAAAAGGCUCCAGAGGUUUCUGAUGAUGAACUGGGGAAGAAUUGCAGAGAAGUCGUGUCGCUGAGAAUCUUAGAGAGUUUGAUUGUUAAGGGGAAUCAAAACAAGAACAAGGAUGCUGCUACAGUUGGUCAAAAACUUGAAUUGGAUCCGUCAAACAAUUGUGAAGAUGUUCUUCGACAAAUAUCAGAGAUGUCUGCGAUGGAUCUCACUGCAGUUGCACCAGAGAUGUUGAAUGGGGAUGUUCAGUCCUUUAUUGUGCACAAAAGAGCUUCUUUACCCAAGCCUGCUUUGCAAAAGCUUAAGGAUGCCAUUCUUGAAGGCAGCCAUUCUAUUCUUUCAUCCUUAAAGGAAAGAAGUGGAUUAACAGUUACAACUCAGUGUAAUGAUGAUAUAUCGGUAAAUGGUGGCAACUCCAAUGUCCUUGCACAGAGACUUGAAGAUUGCAGCAUAAAUAACAAAGUCACUUUGCCAUAUGGAAACGCGGGUUCUCCCACUCAUGAUAACAUGGAUGACGAAUCACAGGAAAACUUGCCUGAUACAAAUCUUUUACCUGCUAAGAGGAAAACAGCUGCUAUGAGAAGUGAAAUUGUGGAGAUACAAACCGAUGGGGACCAAACCACAUUGGAUGAUUGUUGUACUUCCCAUGUGCAAGCCACCAAGAAAUUUAAGCAGAAUGCCAAUUUCACUGAAGACACUGUAGUCCAGAAUGCAAUAGCUCCAACCACCCAUGGACCUUCAACAACUUUAUCUGAAGGAGUUGUUAGAUAUAUUGAAAAAGAAGGUUGUAAUUCGAAAAAAGAAGUCCAAUGUGGGUCUUCCACCCCUCAAAAUGUGGAUGAUGAUUUAGAAGGAAAUUUUCCUGAGAGUAAUUCAUUACCAGCUAAGAGGAAUAGGACAGCAAUUGCUGCUGAAAAUUCAGAAGGGAAAACCUUGAAAGACCAAAUCCCAUUAGGUGAUGGUUGUGAUAUCCGUGGGGAAGUUGUUAAGAAGUUUAAGCAGGAUGGGAAUUCUAUGAUGGACGACAUUGAUGAGGAUACUGUAGCUUCACCCGUGCAUGGGCUAAUGAAAUUUUCAUCUGAAGGAACUGUCAAACACAUUGAAAAAGAAGGUUGCAAUUUGGAAACAGAAGUUCAAGUUGGAGGCGUUGAGUCAAAUGGAUCUCCUCAUGGUGAUGAUGAUCAGCAUUAUCAAUUAAAAAGGAUUGCACAGAGUAGUCAUGCAUUUCAUCAAGAUCAUUUAGUUUGUGAUCUGCAGGUUCCUCAUGAUGAUGCUAAAGUGGCUGAAUUGCAUGCAGAGUUAGAUGGCCAAAACAAUAGUGUUGAUGAAACCAAUGGACACGAUCAAGGUUUUGAGCUGCAGACAGAAAAUGCUACAUCUUUGGCGAUGGGAGUAAUGGAGAGAAAUAAUAGCCCAGAGAAUCCUGUGCAGAAUUUUGAGGGUAAUUUUCAGCUAAGUUUCGGUGGUUCUGGAUCCAAGGAUGAUAUGCAGCACAAUCCUGAUUUUGAUAUGACUAGUGACAGUGAUGACUAUCGUGACGAGAGGAUGGAUAUUGCCAUGAAAAAGGAUGCUCUCUUGAGCUCUCAGUGCACAAAUAGUCAAGAUUCCUUUGCAACACAGGCAAAGUAUUGUGUGAAGUGUAACAAAGAAGGGCAAUUACUGGUUUGUAGCUCCGACACCUGCCAGUUAGCAGUUCAUUCCAGCUGCUUGCCUUCUGCUGCCCAUUUUGAUGGAAAAGGAAAAUUCUACUGCCCUUUUUGUGCAUAUUCUCGUGCAAUCUCGGAGUACAUGCAAGUUAAGAGGAAGGCCUCAUUUGCAAGGAAAGACUUAGCUUCCUUUAUUGGUGUGCAAACUGUAUGUCAACAAAAGAAGGCCACCAUGAAAUUGGGGAGAGAAAGUCGAAAUGAGUUGCAAAAGAAUGAAGGUAAUAACAGUGAAGACUUUGUGAACAAGGUUUCUGAUUCUCAUUGUGGGGUUAAAAUGGGUAACAAGCAUCAAUCAGAGCCUCCAUUGUCAUGUUCUAGUGAUCAUUCUCAUUCUGGAGAAAAGGUUGUGUCUCCAAGUGAUGGAAUGCCCAAUACCUUGGUGAGCGGAAACUUGGAAAGGAAAUACAUGGAGCCACAGUGCCAAUUGCUUGGAGUGCAAGUUGAGCAGCCAGUUGUUGCUCAUCCUGUACAUGGAUCUGAUGUUGAUUGCAAAGAAGCUCACAUGGCUGAUAGGAAUGAGGGGAAUGCUGGAGCCGAAGGCAAGAAAGUUUCAGAAAUUCCAGAGUCAGCUUUACCUCAGGAACCUGUCUGUGGACCAAUUAGUGAAAGCUCUGAAGAAGACAAUGAGAAAUCUGUGAGAAGUUACUCCAUAAGAUUGCGAAGGCCCAUCAAGAACUAUACUUAUCCAGCGAUUCCUCAACUCAGGCGGAAAAUUCUCCCAUGGACAAAAGCAGAGGAAGAGAAGUUAAAGGAGGGGGUGCAGACGCUUUCUAGUCCGCACGAUCGAAGUAUUCCAUGGAAGCAGAUUUUGGAAUUUGGAGGUGAUGUUUUCCAGAGAGGUCGCACCACAAUCGACCUCAAGGAUAAGUGGAGAAAUAUUUGUAAGGGAGGUCCAAGAUGAAAAUGAUGCAUCUUGUUAUUCUCGGUAAAUUUUUGUGGAUAUAAUCUUUUGAGACUCUGGCUGUGUAUGUUCAUAGUAUCUUGUAUCUUGGACCUCUAAACUUUGUUGUUUCCUUUUUUGUAUAUUUAUGGUUCUUGGUCUCAUUUUCACUCA